CUGGAAAAUAAAAAAUAAAAGUGGAUGGUGUCCUGCAAACUCGCUGUUUGCUGUCACAUUCUUUUAUCAACUUUCGACGACUUAAAAUUAACUCUGGACCGAUUCAAUGGACAAAUAAGGGGUACCAGUGCACGCUUAGAUACCACAGGCAUGGAUAUCACAAGUCGCUGCACCUUGGGUGACCCCAACAAACUCCCAGAGGGUGUGCCCCAGCCUGCCAGGAUGCCCUACAUCUCGGACAAGCACCCUCGGCAGACGCUGGAGGUCAUCAACCUACUCCGCAAGCACCGGGAGCUGUGCGAUGUGGUUUUGGUGGUGGGAGCUAAGAAGAUUUAUGCCCAUCGGGUGAUCCUGUCUGCCUGCAGCCCUUAUUUCAGAGCCAUGUUUACUGGAGAAUUGGCCGAAAGCAGGCAGACGGAAGUCGUCAUUCGGGAUAUUGAUGAGCGCGCCAUGGAGUUGCUCAUUGACUUUGCGUACACAUCACAGGUAAUUGUAGAGGAAGGAAAUGUGCAGACUUUGCUGCCUGCUGCCUGCCUGUUGCAGCUGGCAGAAAUUCAGGAGGCCUGCUGUGAAUUCCUGAAGCGGCAGCUGGACCCGUCCAACUGUCUGGGCAUCAGGGCCUUCGCUGACACUCACUCCUGCAGGGAGCUGCUACGUAUAGCUGAUAAAUUCACUCAGCAUAACUUUCAGGAGGUGAUGGAGAGUGAAGAGUUCAUGCUGCUGCCAGCCAACCAGCUGAUCGACAUCAUCUCUAGUGAUGAGCUCAAUGUUCGGAGUGAGGAGCAGGUGUUUAAUGCUGUAAUGGCCUGGGUUAAAUACAGCAUUCAGGAACGCAGGCCUCAGCUGCCACAGGUUUUGCAGCAUGUGCGUCUUCCACUUUUGAGCCCGAAGUUCCUGGUAGGGACGGUGGGUUCAGAUCCUUUGAUCAAGAGUGAUGAGGAGUGCAGGGACUUGGUGGAUGAAGCCAAGAAUUAUCUCCUGCUACCCCAAGAGCGCCCUCUCAUGCAAGGACCUCGAACCCGCCCCAGAAAACCCAUUCGUUGUGGGGAAGUGCUAUUUGCUGUGGGAGGUUGGUGUAGUGGCGAUGCCAUCUCCAGCGUUGAGCGUUAUGACCCCCAGACCAAUGAGUGGAGGAUGGUGGCGUCCAUGAGCAAACGGCGUUGUGGAGUUGGUGUUAGUGUUCUGGAUGACCUGUUGUAUGCUGUUGGUGGACAUGACGGCUCAUCUUAUCUUAAUAGUGUGGAGAGGUAUGAUCCUAAGACUAACCAAUGGAGCAGUGACGUGGCUCCAACUAGCACCUGCCGGACCAGUGUGGGUGUUGCUGUAUUAGCGGGUUACCUGUAUGCGGUGGGAGGUCAGGAUGGUGUCUCCUGCCUCAACAUUGUAGAAAGGUAUGAUCCAAAAGAGAACAAGUGGACUCGAGUUGCCUCUAUGAGCACUAGACGGUUGGGUGUGGCUGUAGCCGUAUUAGGGGGUUUUCUUUAUGCAGUUGGAGGUUCAGAUGGCACCUCCCCUCUAAAUACAGUGGAACGGUAUAACCCUCAGGAGAACCGCUGGCAUACGGUGGCACCAAUGGGUACCCGGCGGAAACACCUGGGCUGUGCCGUGUACCAGGACAUGAUCUACUCUGUUGGCGGCAGAGACGAUACCACAGAACUGAGUAGCGCUGAGCGAUAUAAUCCCAGAACCAAUCAGUGGUCUCCGGUGGUUGCGAUGACAUCCAGAAGGAGUGGGGUUGGUUUAGCUGUAGUAAAUGGCCAGUUGAUGGCAGUAGGAGGAUUUGAUGGUACCACAUACCUGAAAACUAUAGAAGUCUAUGAUCCUGAUGCCAACACGUGGAGGCUCUAUGGUGGAAUGAACUAUAGGAGGUUGGGAGGUGGAGUUGGUGUAAUAAAAAUGACUCACUGUGAAUCACAUAUAUGGUAACAAACUCCGCAUCCAUCCCACAGAUGCCACACCAUAGCUUGUGCCUCAUAGAGACAUUGAGCAUCAUGCAAGAGAAAAGCCUGUUUUAAGACUGAAUUCUGCCUCUUGUUACUGAAAUGGCAAAGCCAAGGAAUACCAUCUUCUGAAGCUGCUCCAAGGAGACUCAUCUGUACGGACAGACCACUACUCAAUUUUUUAAAUUCGGUUUCUUUCACAUUUGAGCAUAUCCAAAUGCAACUUUUUAUUGGACUUUGAAAACCUCCAAGAAAAGCAUUAACCCUCACUAGUAAACUAUUUUACAUCUGUGGAGGCCAAACUAAACAUGUUUUCCUGGAAGGAAAGGGCCUACGCUGGUCUGACUGCAUUGAAGAAUAACUACAGUAGCCUAAAACACAUUGCUGGGGAGUGAUGUGAAGGCCUCUUGUUUUAUGAACUCAUUGAUGUUUAUUAAUUGGAUGCACAGUGAUAUCUCUACCAUUUCUUUUUCUUCAAAGGGAAAGUUCACCCAAUAUAUAUAUAUUUUUUUUUUUAAUUUACUUCUGUGGAACACAGAGAUGUUAGGCAGAAAGCCUCACAAUUCCUUGUCAAUGUAUUGGAAAAGGUGUAAUGAAAGUGAACGCUGACCUAGGCUAACAUUCUUCUUAAUAUAUACUUCAGUUUCACAGAAGUCACAGAUUUGGAACAUUAGGGUGAGUAAAUGACACCCCUGUAAUUUUCUGAGUUUUUAAACUCUGAUGCGGAUUAGUUGAUCCAAUUUUUUUUUUGUCUGUGUGUGCUGAAAAUGCAGUCCCUUUUGCAAUCUAAUGAUGGUUGUGCAGAAAUAAGCUAUUUUUUAAAGCAGUCCAAAACAGGAUUGAUGUAUUAUCAGUUUACUUUCUAUAACAGAAUGCAUCAAUGAAUCAAGUCCAUGCACUUUAAACCAAUAAGAGUUUUUCUAUUAAAGUUUGUAAUUGUUUUCUAGGAAAAAAUGGUUGGAUGUAUUGUCUUGAGCAUUUUUGUUCUUUAUUGUUGAGGACCCAUGACAAAUGUUCUUUAUUUUUUCUUAAUCUGAAAUUUGUAAAACAAUAAAUAAUAAAAAAAGCAAUGACCCGCAUCUAUGGUCAGAAACAAUAUGUUGAGCUUGUUAUUGAAUAUAACAUGAAACUGCCCUAAUUGUCAAUUGAACACCAUUAUUUUCUCACAGGAAAGUUAUAUGUUCUAACCUCUUGUUGAAAUAUUGUUAAAUAUAUAUUUAAUGAUCUUAUUUAAUUUGAAAGAUGUUCACCAACUGUCAUACAUUUCAAAACCUUGAAAGUGAAAAUAAAAAAUGGAAAAAUAAUCCAAAGG